AUGUUGGCUUCCAGGGUGUUCAGCCUGGUUGGGAAGAGAGCCCUUUCCACCUCCCUCUGCCUGAGGGCUCACGGGCACGCUGGUGUGGUGAAAGCUGAGGAUUUCAGCCUCCCAGCCUACAUGGACCGGCGGGACGUGCCCCUGCCCGAGGUGGCCUUUGUGAGGGACCUCUCUGCCCAGCAGAAGGCUCUGAAGGAGAAGGAAAAGGCCUCUUGGACCGCCCUGUCUGUGGAUGAGAAGGUGGAAUUGUAUCGGAUCAAGUUCAACGAGAGCUACGCGGAGAUGAACAAAGGGACAAACGAGUGGAAAACCGUCCUGGGGGGAGUCCUGUUCUUCCUGGGGCUAACGGGGCUCAUCAUCAUCUGGCAGAAACAUUUCAUGUAUGGCCCCAUCCCACACACCUUCUCGGACGAGUGGCUGGCAGCACAGACCAAGAGGAUGCUGGACAUGAGGAUUAACCCUGUGGAGGGCAUCUCUGCCCAGUGGGAUUUUGAGAAGAACCAGUGGAAGAAAUGAAGCAGCUCAGGGGAACCUGCUCUCCUUGAAGAUGAAAUGAUUCCAUGGCCUGUGUGCGACCUCGUUGCUCAUCUACUGGAACAACCUCUCCACCUGCAUAGAAACUAAUAAAUGUCUGGUGAACUUGA